GUGGGAUUCCCCGACGACAACGUGCUCGUUUUGCCCCAAAAUAUUUUGACUCUUUCGGACGUUUAAGCUCGUCUUCCCAGCCCUUUAACGUGACUCAUCUCCUUUGGACAGGAGUAGCGGGACCUAAAAGCCAGCCUUUGCGUCUGCAAAGGAGGGUGAUAAAAUGAAGGAAGACCAAGACGGUAUGUCUCUUAGCCAGAGCCUGCCUCUGAGCCAGGACUCUUUCAGAGAGCUGUGGGAGACGGUUGUCACCCCGUCUAUCUCCACCAUUCCAACGGUGAAUGAAUCAUGGAGGGCAGAUGGACCUAUGGAUAUGCUGCUCAUGAAUGAACAAGCAUUAACAGACGGAUUCGAUGAGAAUUUGUUUGAGCUGCCCCCAGAGAUGCCUGCUAAUGACGGUAUUACUCCCCCGGCCUUCACCGUCCCAGUUACUACUGACUAUCCAGGGGAAUAUGGCUUCCAGCUUCGCUUCCAGAAGUCUGGCACUGCCAAGUCCGUCACCUCUACAUACUCGGAGCUGUUAAACAAGCUCUACUGUCAAAUUUCGAAGACGAGUCCAAUUGAAGUUCUCGUAGGCAAGGAACUUCCUCUGGGCUCUGUGGUCAGGGCCACAGCCGUUUAUAAGAAGUCGGAGCACGCGGCUGAAGUGGUGCGCAGAUGUCCCCAUCACCAGAAUGGAGACAGUACGGAGCAUCGCAGUCAUCUCAUCCGAGUGGAGGGGAGCCUGAGGGCCCAAUACUUUGAGGACCAACACACACAAAGGCACAGUGUGACCGUCCCCUACGAGCCGCCACAGUUGGGAUCAGAAAUCACCACCAUCCUGCUCAGCUACAUGUGCAACAGUUCAUGCAUGGGUGGCAUGAACCGCAGGCCGAUCCUGACCAUCCUGACCCUCGAGACCCCAGAGGGACUUGUGUUGGGUCGCCGGUGCUUUGAGGUGCGUGUCUGUGCCUGUCCUGGCAGGGACCGCAAAACCGAGGAGGAAAAUAGCGCCAAGAAUCAGAACGGCGCCAAACAAACCAAAAAACGAAAGAGCACCCCGGCUCCAGCUCCGGCUCCUGACAGCACUUCUGUGAAGAGGUCUAAGCCGACCUCCAGUGCAGACGAGGAAGACAAAGAUGUGUUUGUUCUGCAUGUUCGUGGUCGUGAGCGCUAUGAAAUGUUGAAGAAAAUCAACGAUGGUCUGGAGUUGCUGGACAAGGAAAGCAAAACCAAGACCAAGGUGUCUGUGAAACAUGAAUUUGCCGUGCCCUCCAGUGGAAAGAGGCUCCUGCAAAGAGGAGAGAGGAGCGACAGCGACUAAGAAGCUCAACGCCUCGACCAUGAGUGCAAACGUCCCGUCUUUCUCCCUCCAAGCCUUCGGGUUUAUUUCAGGCUUUUACCCGUCAUUGGGACCCCAAAUCACUUCCUGCCUCAGUACACCACAAAACUUGAUCUUAUAAUUGUACUGCCUGACCAUUUACUGUACUCCAAGUACUGUACGGUGUCUUGCUGUUUUUGCCGUACGCAGAUGAAUAAAGGUUGAACAGAGGAGAGCAGUUCAUACUGUAAGCAGGUCUGCCUCUCCCUCACCACACUCAUUGCAUUUAAAUCUCCUGCAAAAUGAGAUCUUUGAUCUUUAACGUUCUAUGAUUUGCAUGAAACAGGAUAUCAGGGUGGGGCUUGGAAUUAGGAGGAACUGCAUUUAAUCAGUGUUACUUGGCAGGGAUUUUCAUUUUAGUUUCAAUGAUUUCAUUUUUAAAUGUCAAAUACAUUAUUCUUAGUCUGAAUUAGUCGAUGAAAACUGAAGAGAUUAUUUCUUGGUUUUUUUUAUCAUUUGUGUUUUCUUUAUGUUCUGUCAGAACAGUAAUUAUGAUCUUAUUAAGAAGUAGCUUGGUCAGAUUUUACUCAUGUAAGAUACGUAUCAUUGUAAAGAAACAUUAACGAGUCACUGCCAUGGGUUGAAAGUCACGCUUGACUUGAAUUGAUGUUUACCUCCAUUAAUGUAGCUGUUCCCCUAUGAAUUGGUGAUUUGGUUGUCUGUGGGAGGAGGUUCAAUCAGCCCAGAUGUUUCAGUCCAACUUUGAUCAGAUUUCCAAUGAAAGCAGACAUAAAAAUAAAAAGGAAAAACAAAAAACACAGGAACAAAAGUAAGGCCAGGUUAGAGUGCAAGGCUUGAUUGCAUGUGUUUUUAUCAGUGGGGCUUUUUUUAUUCUUAUUUUUUACUCCGGUAUUAUUUUUUCCAUCACCAGUAGCUGUAAAUACAUUUUAGCUGUUAUUUUCCAAGGAUCUGUCUGUCAUAUUCGUUACCGCCUCUUAUAUUGUGGUGAUUCCGUUCGCAGGGAACAUAUACUGUCAUGAUUUUGUGAAAAUUAACAGUAGAAUUGGUCGAUUCGGGGCUGGCUGGCUCACCCCAAAAGCUAAUCCCCUUUUUGUAAUUUUUAUAUGCAGCAGAGAUAGGAAUAGAUAUUUGGGAAAAAAGGAAUUUUGACAUAAAAAUACAGGAAAUUUGAAAAAAAAAAAAAUUGGACUUAAAUAACAAUAUAAACAAGAACGCAACGUAACAAGAAAAACGCCCCUGAAGGAAUUAUGCGGUGCGCGUCACUCUGUUAAGAUAGCAAAAACUACUGUCUGUUUAAACUGAUAAAAUGUGAGUUGAUGUUUUUAUUUUUGGCCUCUCACCCACAGAUCAUCAGCACUUCAGUUUAUUGUGACCAAUCACUGUCAGCCAAUUUAACCACUUUGUUUUUACACUGCCAAGAAAACUACAUAUACUUAAAGGCAUUCUUUUAUUUCUGUAUCUUUGUAGAUUAUUUUGGGAUCUUAGUUUUGUAUAAGAGCUUUAUCUUUCUAUAUUUUUCCAUUGUCAUUAUUUUUUUUUCAUGGCUUUUUUUUGUACUAAUUUGCAUUUUGUUACUCAAAGCUUAACGCCAAAAUAAAUGCGUAAUAUAAA